AUGCACCCGACGCGUAAAACCAAACCUCCUCGUCGUCGGACGAGGAACUGCGAGAUACGGGAAAACAGAAUCCAAAAAUUAUUGGCUUCCGAGUAUUCUGACUUCGUCGAUGUGGUCCUCGUGGAAUCUCCGUUUGCCGAAACCAGCAGAAACGGACGUGGAAUUCGACAAGUUUGCCUUGGCCUCACGCCGUCCAAGCUAAUCGUGGCUGCCGACGUGUUGAAACGAAACCCGGAGUUCUUCUGUCCACGUGCUCUUGAUCCUAGCAUCGAGAGCUUCGAGCUAAUCUCCCUGUAUCCUUUGCGAUGCGUUAACCUGAGCGUGUUCAACAGAAGACAUCGCAAAACCUUGAAGGCAAGGUAG